UGCUAGCGAUCCAGCGGAGUUCAUCCCUCUUCGAUACGCCGCAUGUCAGGCUCAAAAAAGAUGGCUGCUUUAGCCGUAGACCUAGAAGAUGUAGAAGUGGUGAGUCUGGAUGGUUCUGAUGCCUCUCCCCUUUCCUCCCAGAACGGUCUGAACGCCCUGCAUCUGGCUGCCAAGGAGGGCCAUGUGGAUCUGGUCCAGGAGCUUCUAGACCGAGGGGCGGCCGUGGAUUCCUCCACUAAGAAAGGGAACACAGCCCUCCACAUUUCCUCCCUUGCUGGUCAGGCUGAGGUGGUGAAGAUCUUGACCAAAAGAGGAGCUGACAUCAACUCGCAGUCUCAGAAUGGAUUCACUCCUCUGUACAUGGCGGCUCAGGAGAAUCACCUGGACGUGGUUCGCUACCUGCUGGAGAACGGAGGCAACCAAAGCAUUGCUACAGAGGAUGGCUUCACCCCGCUGGCCAUUGCCCUCCAGCAGGGACACAACCAGGUGGUCUCCAUCUUACUGGAGAAUGACACCAAAGGGAAAGUCCGCCUGCCCGCCCUGCACAUCGCCGCACGCAAAGACGACACCAAGUCGGCCGCGCUGCUCCUUCAGAACGACCACAACGCAGACGUCCAGUCCAAGAUGAUGGUCAAUAGGACUACUGAGAACGGCAAGAGCGGGUUCACGCCGCUGCACAUCGCCGCUCACUACGGGAACGUCAACGUGGCCACGCUCCUGCUGAACCGCGGCGCCGCCGUGGACUUCACCGCCAGGAACGGAAUCACUCCCCUACACGUGGCGUCAAAGCGCGGUAACACCAACAUGGUGCGCCUGCUGCUGGACCGAGGCUCUCAGAUUGAUGCUAAAACCCGGGACGGGCUGACUCCGCUUCACUGUGCGGCUCGGAGCGGACAUGAGACGGCGGUGGAGCUGCUGCUGGAGAGAGGAGCGCCUCUACUGGCCAGAACCAAGAAUGGGCUGUCCCCGCUGCACAUGGCGGCGCAGGGCGACCACGUGGAAUGCGUCAAACACCUGCUGCAGCACAAGGCUCCGGUGGAUGACGUCACUCUGGACUACCUGACGGCGCUGCAUGUGGCGGCUCACUGUGGCCAUUACAGGGUCACCAAACUGCUGCUGGACAAGCGGGCCAACCCCAACGCCCGCGCUCUGAACGGCUUCACUCCGCUGCACAUCGCCUGCAAGAAGAACCGCGUCAAAGUGAUGGAGCUGCUGGUGAAAUACGGCGCGUCCAUCCAGGCCAUCACAGAGUCCGGUCUGACCCCCAUCCACGUGGCGGCCUUCAUGGGUCACCUGAACAUCGUCCUCCUGCUGCUGCAGAACGGCGCCUCGGCCGACGUCAGCAACAUACGAGGAGAGACGGCGCUGCACAUGGCAGCCAGGGCCGGGCAGGUGGAGGUGGUCCGAUGUCUGCUCAGGAACGGAGCCAUGGUGGAUGCUCGGGCCCGGGAGGACCAGACCCCUCUGCACAUCGCCUCCCGUCUGGGAAAAACGGAGAUCGUUCAGCUGCUGCUGCAGCACAUGGCCCAUCCUGAUGCUGCCACCACCAACGGUUACACGCCGCUACACAUCUCUGCCCGGGAGGGGCAGGUGGAGACCGCCUCCGUGCUGCUGGAGGCUGGGGCAUCACACUCUCUGGCUACAAAGAAAGGGUUCACCCCCCUGCAUGUCGCUGCCAAGUAUGGGAACCUGGACGUAGCCCAGCUGCUGCUGCAGCGCUGCGCGCCUCCUGACUCUGCUGGGAAGAACGGCCUCACUCCUCUCCACGUUGCAGCUCACUACGACAACCAAAAGGUGGCGCUGCUGCUUUUGGACAGAGGAGCUUCUCCCCACACUAUGGCCAAGAAUGGCUACACUCCUCUGCACAUCGCGGCUAAGAAGAACCAGAUGGACAUCGCCACGGUGCUGCUGCAGUACGGAGCAGAGACCAACAUCCUGACCAAGCAGGGGGUGACUCCGCUCCACCUGGCCUCCCAGGAGGGUCACGCAGACAUGGCAGUCCUGCUGAUCACCAAGGGAGCCCAGAUCAACGUCCCCACCAAGAGCGGCCUCACCGCCCUCCAUCUGGCAGCCCAAGAAGACAGAGUGUCUGUGGCCGAGAUCCUUGCCAAGAACGGCGCCAACCUGGACCACCAGACUAAGCUGGGCUACACGCCUCUAAUCGUAGCGUGUCACUACGGCAAUGCCAAGAUGGUGAACUUCCUUCUUCAGAACGGAGCCAGUGUCAAUGCAAAGACCAAGAGCGGAUACACUCCUUUACAUCAAGCUGCCCAGCAAGGAAACACACACAUCAUCAAUGUCCUGCUGCAGUACGGUGCCAAACCUAAUGCCAUCACUGUGAAUGGUAACACUGCUCUGGGUAUCGCCAGGAGGCUAGGCUACAUAUCGGUGGUGGACACGCUGCGGGUCGUCACUGAGGAGAUCAUCACCACGACUACGACGGUGACGGAGAAACACAAGCUGAAUGUUCCUGAGACCAUGACUGAAGUCCUGGACGUGUCGGAUGAGGAAGGUGAUGACACCAUGACGGGGGACGGGGGAGAGUACCUGAGACCCGAGGACCUCAGAGAGCUGGGAGACGAUUCGCUGCCAGGACAGUACUUGGAUGGAAUGAACUACCUGCGCUUCAGCCUGGAGGGGCCCCGCACCGACAGUUCUGACAGGUCCUUCACUCCCACCCAUCAUGGCUUCUACUCUCCGAGACACGAAGGCGGCGAGACGUUCCAGGCCCAGCAGGUCUCAUCGCUGGCCAGAGACAAUGAGAGGGACUCCUACAGACUGAGCUGGGGAACAGAGAACCUGGACAACGUGGCUCUGUCCUCCAGCCCCAUCCACUCAGGCCGUUCCUCUCCGUGUCCUGAUCAUGGAGACCACAGCAGCUUCCUGGUCAGCUUCAUGGUGGACGCCAGGGGCGGAGCCAUGCGCGGCUGCAGACACAAUGGCCUCCGCAUCAUCAUUCCGCCCAAGAAGUGCAGCGCCCCGACGCGGGUGACCUGCCGGCUGGUGAAGAGGCACCGUCUGGCCACCAUGCCCCCCAUGGUGGAGGGCGAGGGUCUGGCCAGCAGGCUGAUCGAGGUGGGCCCGUCUGGGGCUCAGUUUCUGGGUAAACUCCACCUCCCCGCCGCGCCUCCGCCUUUAAAUGAGGGAGAGAGUUUGGUUAGCAGAAUCCUCCAGCUUGGUCCGCCGGGGACCAAAUUCCUUGGCCCUGUGAUUGUUGAAAUCCCUCACUUCGCCUCGCUCCGAGGGAAGGAGCGGGAGCUGGUGAUCCUCAGGAGUGAGACCGGGGAGAGCUGGAAGGAGCAUCAGUGUGAAUCUACUCCAGAGGAGCUCAACCAGAUCCUGAACGGCAUGGAUGAAGAACUGGACCCACCAGAGGAGCUGGAGAGGAGACGCAUUUGUAGGAUCAUUACCAGAGACGUCCCCCAAUACUUUGCAGUCGUUUCACGCAUCAAGCAGGACAGUCAUUUCAUUGGUCCUGAGGGAGGCAUCCUGAGCAGCACCGUGGUGCCUCAAGUGCAGGCGGUGUUUCCGGAGGGGGCGCUCACCAAGAGGAUUAGAGUUGGUCUGCAGACCCAGCCAGUGAAUGUUGACGUAGUGAGGAAGAUCCUUGGAAACAAGGCCACCUUCAGUCCCAUAGUCACCCUGGAGCCUCGCAGGAGGAAGUUCCACAAACCCAUUACCAUGACCAUCCCGGUCCCCAAGAGCAGCACCGACCCAAACCUCAAUGGCUUUGGAGGGGACACACCCUCUCUGCGGCUGCUCUGCAGCAUCACCGGAGGAACGACGCCUGCUCAGUGGGAGGACAUCACAGGAACCACACCAUUAACAUUUGUCAAUGACUGCGUCUCCUUCACUACCAAUGUCUCUGCGAGGUUCUGGCUCAUAGACUGUAGGCAAGUCCACGAGUCUGUCAACUUCUCCACUCAGGUGUAUCGAGAGAUCAUCUGUGUUCCCUACAUGGCCAAGUUUGUGAUCUUUGCCAAGAGCCACGACCCGAUCGAGGCCCGAUUACGCUGCUUCUGUAUGACUGAUGACAAGAUCGAUAAAACCUUGGAGCAGCAGGAGAACUUCACCGAGGUGGCCCGGAGCAGAGACGUAGAGGUUCUGGAAGGGAAACCGAUCUAUGCAGACUGCUUUGGAAACCUUGUUCCACUCACCAAGAGCGGCCAACACCACCUGUUCAGCUUUUACGCCUUUAAAGAGAACCGGCUGGCGCUCUUUAUCAAGAUCCGAGACAACACCCAGGAGCCGUGUGGCCGACUGUCGUUCAUGAAGGAGCCCAGGAACUACAGGUCACUUCAGCAUAACGCCAUAUGCAACCUGAACAUCACGCUUCCAUCGUACAGCAAAGACUCAGAUUCCGACCAGGAACAGGAAGAUGAGAACGGCAGAAACCUUCACAGAUAUGAAGAGACGGAUUCAUCAGUCCUGAAAUCUGAGCUGAUUCGAGAACCGGAUCUUCUGUCCGAUGUGUCAGAGAUGAAACAGGAUUUGAUUAAAAUGACUGCCAUAUUGACUGCAGACUCCACAGAGAAAUCCCCGUCUUUAGGGAGGUGUGGUGUAGAGAAGGGGACAGAGGAAGUGUCUGGAGAACCGUUAGAGAUAAUGGAAAAGGACCUUGAAAAAGUCAAGGAGGACCUUGAGAAAGUCAGUGAGAUACUGAGAAGUGGGACAUAUCAGAGCGAGGGGGCAGAAGAGGCCACUAAAGCAGCCAGAAUGGCUGAGGAGUGGGUUCUCCUCUCAGACUCAGAGAUAGAAGAGGCCAAAAAAAUGGCUGCCCUAGAAGUUCAAGAGCCUAUCUUACGUGAAAGUAGGGCUAAGAGAGGCGCUCCCCGACCAAAAGCCAUCAAGGGCAGCGGUGACCUUAAAGAAUAUCUCCUAGAUGCAUCUGCAAGUUCCAAAGUAAAGACUAAAAAAGAGACGGCUAGCACAGAAAAAUUCACUGAUAUCGUUCUGCGGAAAAGUUCGAAACCAACAGCUCAAGCCAAAUCCCAUGAAAGCAGCACAACUGGUGGUGUUAAAAAAACAGUGAGAAAGAAGGAAAAAGACGAAGAGCAGCCAGAGGGAUCCUCGGAGCCAGGGGCUCUUCUUAGCGUGCCAUCAGCUCCCGCUCCACCAUCACCUGUAUCCCCAGUGAUUGAAGAAACUCCCAUUGGAUCCAUAAAGGACAAAGUGAAAGCCUUACAACAAAAAGUGGAGGCUGAGCAAAAGAGCAAAAAAGCCACUGGUAGCAAGCCCUCCCAUUUGCCUGUUAUGACUAAAUCCCCACUAAAAGCCAAAGAAACAACUAAAACCAAACACCCUCUUCCUAAAUCCCCUAAAGCUGACUCAGAAAAAAUCGAGGAGACAAUGUCAGUCAAAGAGCUAAUGCAAGCCUUCCAGACAGGACAAGAUCCCUCAAAGCGAAAGUCUGGGUUGUUUGAGCUUAAAACAUCCAAAACUCCACAAGCUGAAGCAGUCCAGUCAAAGUCUGUGACCAAAGCAAUGGCUUCUAAAGGUCAAGACGUGUCGUCAGACCCCAGAAAUGCAAACAAAGAUAUAGAAAUCAAACCCAGCGCUCCCUCCGAACUAACUGAAACUGUAGACUUUGGAAAUGGUGGCCUUGAUGAUAGCUCUGACAGCUGCAAACAUGAAGGCGUGGCAGAAUCCCUGAGUGCCAGCUCUGGAGAUGGAACCCAUCACCUUAGCUCAGAGGACAGUUACAAACACGAAGGACUGGCAAGUCCAGGCACAAGCCCUGAGAGCCUUUCUGGACAACAGCCUUCUACAGCCACGGCUUCAGCUUCCACUAAGGUUAGAAAAGACAAAGAGAAGUCUGGAGACUCGGGUGUAGGGACCUCUGGUGACCAAGUCUCCAUAGAACUGACACUACCCAUCUCUUCCAGCGAGGCUGCAGAUGACCACACAAGUGAGUCAAUAUCUGUUAGAAGGACUGAGUCUAAACCACCUAAACCUCAAAAACUUACAAAGAGAGUUUCAGAAACCAUAGAAACUUUUCUUAGUGAUGAUGAUAGCCCUGAUGAUCAGGUAGCAUUGUCGUUAGUUGGUUCUCCAGUCUCUAGAUCCCCAUCUAAGCAUCAUGAAACAUUUAACCUGCCUUUAAGGCAAGAAUCUGAUGCCCUCAGCCCAUUAGCCGAUGAGUCUUUGACAAUAAGCAACAGAGACUCUCUCGAGGGUAGUCCUCUGAUGGAAGACAAUUCUUCCCAUAAAUCCCCAGACUCCAUUGAGCCCAGUCCAACCAGAGAAUCCCCCCCUCGCGAUUCCUUGGAGAGCAGUCCUGUAGAGCAAAAGAGCCACCCAUCCUUCCCACCAACAUCCAGUCCUAAGAACUCCUCUAGCCACACACCACCCUGUAAGGGCAAAGACCUCCCCCAUGAGGCUUUCCAUGGUAGGCAGCUUCGAGACCCUGAAGCUUACGCUGAUGAUGACAGUUGUGAGCAGACAUCUCAGAUGACGAGUUCGGGUAAGAGUCCCCUCUCCCCUGAUACCCCUAGUUCUGAAGAGGUAAGUUAUGAGGUAAACACCAAACUCCCUGAAAAUGCAUUCCUAUGUAUUUCAUUCAAAACAGCUGUUAUUCCUGAAGACCCAGAGGACCAGGAGGAAACAGACAACCUUGAAGCUAAAGGAAAAAUCACUCCAGAGAAGGACAUGUUUAAGAUGGCAGCAAAAAUAAAAACCUUUAAUGAAAUGGAACAAGACACAAAGGGCAAAAGGAAGUCUAGCGAUUAUCUGUAUUCCUCAACAGAGGACAAGAUAGGGGAUAACAGCUGUGAAAGAUUAAAGCCCAGCGGCGAGAAGCUUUGGCAGAUUGAAAGUCCACUCAAUAGGCGCACAGGAGAGUCAAAGUUAGCUGUUUUGAUUGGUUCAGAUAUUAAAGUACAACCUCCCUCUCCUUUUUCAGCAGGUAUGCAUGAUGGAACCCAGAGCAAAGAGUUCAAGAGUACAUCAGCCACUGUCACAGCAGAGGGACCUCACUCUGUCUCAGACCAGCAUCAUUCAAAAUCCAUAAGUCCAUGGGGGGACGUCCCUUCAUCUGCUGAAGCCCUUAAACAUGUUUCUGACAAAACAUCAUUAACUUCAAGCAUUGAAAACAGGACAGACGAGCAAAAACACGAGAGCUUGAAGAUGUCAAGGGAGCAUAAAAAUGAUAAUAGCAGUCAGAAGUUAGCUUUAGGCAAGGUACAGACCGGAACACAAAAUACAAGCUGCAAUGUUACAGAUGAAGUGAAAGAAGAUAGAUGGGGUCAUUCCCCCGGAGCUGCUCUCUGUCCAGAAGUUCCCACAAGUCAAACUGAACAAGUGGUCAUUGCCCAUAAUGAUGCAGAAGGAGGCAAAAAAGCAUCAAAUCUUCCUAGAACUGAAUCAAAGGGAGUCACUGCAAGAGUAGACGCCGAGUCAUGGUCUGCCAUGCGAGAGGAUGAUGCCACAUUUGAGGCCCGUGUAAAAGAAGAAGAACAGAAGAUCCUGAAUCUGGUGGUGGACCGUCAGUCUCAAGGAACUCCAGACACCACGCCUGGUAGAACACCAACAGAAGAGAGCACUCCUACCAGUGAGCCCAAUCCCUUCCUGUUCCAGGAAGGGAAGCUCUUUGAGAUGACCCGCAGUGGGGCCAUAGAUAUGACCAAGAGAAGCUAUGAGGAGGAGGGGGCUGGCUUCGCUUUUUUUCAGAUAGGAGACCAGGCUUUAGAGGAACCUACCUUAGAGGAGCCCAAGCAAGAAGAUAGAUCAGCAGUAGGUCUCAACUUAACACUAGAGCUUAAGACUGAGGAAGAUAUGGCAUCAGCUGAUGCGCAGGUGUGUCCCCCACCUGAAGGGGAUCAGUCAGGCUGUAGAGCCGAUGCUUCCAAGUCUAAAAUCCCUAAAAUGGGCAUUUCAGCUUCAACCAAAGCUUCUAGGAAAGAUCUGCUCUCCCCUGAACCUCUCGAGUCUAAAAAUGAGAAAACUGUAGAUGAAGGGUCAUUAGAUUUAGAAACGAUCUCAAAUGAACAGCCUAUAACGAAUGUAGAGACUGCAGAAACUACUGUGACUAGAUCUGUUUAUUCCGAGCAAGGCCAGGAGUCUUCUGACUCCUCCCCAGAGGAGACAAAGUCAGUGGUUGAAGCCCCCAAAACAGCAGGCAAGCAGGCAAUUAAAGGGGCUUCCCAUAACGGUAAGAAGAAUCAAAGCACAGCCAAAGCUAAGUCUGUUCCUCAGGAUCAGGCCAAAUCUGCGAUUCCUUCAACAUGUCAUGGAACAGCCCCUUCAGCAGCUCAUAGAAAAAAUACCUCCUCCCCCUCAGAAGCUAAAUCCAGGAUUCCUGUCAAGGCUAGCCUUGUCAAGACCGACUCUAAGCGUGGGGAAUCCUCUCAGGACAAAAAGCUAAAGGUUCCUGUAAAAAAAGGUACAAGGAGAAAAUCUGAGACAGAUGCAGGUCCUUCUGUGGACAUGAAAACAAAGACUCAAUCUUCCAAAGCCAAGAGCUUCUGUGAGGGGGAGUCUACAAGAUCCUCUGCUAAAAAGGAUCAGGGUUGUCACACGAGUGUCGAGUCUGGAAGAUCUAAGGGUUUCCAGUCCAGGCUGCCCGUCCGUGGUAAAACCACCCCGUCUCCUCAAGCAACCGCAGCCGGCAAAGACAAAAGCAGAUCUCAGAAACAGUCUGCAGAGUUCUUUGAAGAAAUCAGUGAGGAAGCAGCAAAAGUAGUGGCAAGACUGGCAGAGGAAGAGGCUGCGAUGGCUCUCUCAGACGAUGACAGCGGUCUUAUUGAUCCGUCGAUAAUUGAAAAAGAGCCAUUUCCAGACCUGCAGUUCCCACCUUCAGGAGACGUCUUUCCCAUUAGACCACUGUGGGACGACCCAGUUGAGACACAGAUGCAGCGAAUUCCAGAUGAUAGAGUCCAAAGUCAAGAUCCACAGGAUGAAGCAGAAAGACGUGAGCAUUGGUUGGCCGUCAUAGCCGACCACCUGGGCUUCAGUUGGACAGAGUUAGCACGAGAACUGAACUUUAGCGAGGAGAAGAUCCACAUGAUACGAACUGAAAACCCCAACUCUCUGCAAGACCAAAGCCGCGCCCUCUUGAACCUUUGGACUGAGAGAGACGGACAGAGUGCCACAGCAGAAGCAGCACUUCUAAAGAAGCUGACCAAAAUCAACCGGAUGGACAUUGUUCAUCUGAUGGAACCCAAGAUGAACCGUUCAGAGGAAGAGGAGACAUCUUCACACACGUACGCAGAGAUCGAAGAGACCAUCGUUCUGGACCACAGUGAAGGUUUCUCUGCCCUUCAUGAAGACAUCGACAGUCCAAGGCCAGGCAGACGCAGGGAAGCCACUGGAAGAAGCCUGCUUUUAGGACAGGAAGUGCCCAUGGUGUCAGCAGAGGAGCUGUCCACCAGUCUGUCAUCGCUUCUCGACACAUCAGGGCGGCCUGAGGCGGCUCCCACAGCUACAGAACUCCUACAGAAAGCCCCCAAACGGCAAACAGAGGAGCUGGAAUCAACAAACUCAUCGGAGAGAUCCUACCAGGAGGUCCCUGAGCCGCUAACCAUGGGCAGCUACAAGCAAGAGAUAGCCGAGGAGCUAGGAGCGCUGUCCUCUGAUAGCUCAGAGGAGGAGGUGCUGACCACCAGGGUGGUCCGACGCAGAAUCAUCAUCCAGGCCGACAUCCUGCCGGACGUCCCCCCUCAGACGGUGACGGAGGAGAAGUUCACUGAUGAAGACGGCAACAUGGUGGUGAAGAAGAUCACACGGAGGGUGAUCCGGCAGUUUGUGUCUCCAGACUCAGAGACGCAGCAGGUGGAGGACUCUCAGCAGGAAGCGACCCGGAUAGAGGAAGGAGACGCUGUGUCCAGGGUGGUGAAGAGGACGGUGGUCCACAGCGCCGGAGAGCAGACAGAGCUGACCUUCUCUGAGCCGCUGGGCGCCACCACAGCGUCGCAGUUCGAGGCGCAGCCUGUUCAGGGCAGAAAGGUCAGCAAAGUUGUCAAGACGACGGUGGUGAGGGGGGAGAGGGUGGAGAAGCAGAGAGGAGACCCGUCAUUGGCUGCAGAUCUCCCCUCAGCCCAGGAGGACUUUGAGAAGAAGCCGGAUGCGUAAAUCGCGCAGCGAGAAGAGGACGGCGGUGAGGGACGCCCAGGCGAAGCACGUCCACCUGGAGCGCCUGGACGACGCCCUGCAGCCCGACGCCCUGCAGCAGCAGCUGCACCGCCUGCUGCAGCGCUACUGCCAGGACCACCAGGAGGGGGGGGAGGAGGGGGGCGGAGCCGACCCCCACUGAACCCCCACCCCCACCCCCCCAUCAGACAUUCUUCCUCACAUCCGGACGUUCUCCUCUAGGAACACGAUUUCUGUUUGGUGACCAAAGAGGGGGCGGGGCCACCAUCAGCCCCUCCCCCCAUGGGCCUCUGCUGUAGAGACUGUAAAUAGAGGAGAUGAAGAGGAGGAAGAGGAUGGGGGGUUCAGUGAACUUAGUGACCCCUUCAUCAUCAUCACCCCCCCUCCCCGAUCAGCAGAGUCUAGAUCUGAAGUUCUGAGAACCGUGGAGAACCGAUCAGAACCAGGAUGGUUCUGGUUCUUCAAUCGCUCGUUUUUAUCUAAUGAAGCCAAAGGGAUCCAAUCCCGCCUCUAAUCCGGCCUCUAAUCCCGCCUCCAAUCCGGCCUCUAAUCCCGCCUCUAAUCCCGCCUCCAAUCCCGCCUCUAAUCCCGCCUCUAAUCCCGCCUCCAAUCCCGCCUCUAAUCCAGCUGUUCCUGAACAUCUGGACCAGAAAAAAC